AUGCGUCACAAUUCAACACUCCGAGAUCAACACCUGCUGCUUCGAAGUUCUAAUGAGGAGACGGCAUCACGCGAGAAGCCCAACGUUGCGAAAGGAACCGGAGUAAGCCAUUUAGGUUGCUAUAGACACGCGGCGCGCUCGGAGCCUCAAAGAGCUCAUUGUGUUCGGUUGCAGUUGUAUUCAGUUGGGGAUUUACCGCCGAAAUCGCCAUGGUCAGUUGCUAGGGCCGCCUACAAAACAUUUUGUAGCGAGUUGUGUCUUUAGCGCAGACUGGUUUUCUGUUUCAGAUUUUGCAAAAACAUCACUGGAGACUCAUUUUAUUCAAUAAGACUUUUUUUUAAAUUCAUUCUUGAUUACUUUUGAUCUUUUAGCUGUUAUCGCGACUGAGACCGAACCGUAAGAAACAGGCCGAGCAGCAGGCCAAGCGCAAUGUCCAGAAAAUGCCCGAGCUCGAGGAUUACCUGCACAAGCGAGACUACGCUGGCGCCAUCUCCCUAUUAGAAGUUUGCAGCGAUGUUUUAGUUGAAACCCUCUGGUUUCAGUUCAGCCAAAAGGACGGCGAGUCACAAGAGACAACGGCACUCUGGCUUGGUUUUUGCUACUUCCGAGCAGGAGAUUUCAAAAAAGCCUCCGAUGUGAGUAGUAGGCAGCCAGUUGAAGCUGGUUUCUUUUUGAGGUCUACGAAAACAUGUUAACAAAGAAGAACGGCGGUCCUGAAGUCGGUGUCUACCUCGGGUGCUGCUUGUUUUUUCUUGGCAUGUACACAGAAGCACGUGUGGCUGCAGAGAAAGGUUCUUUCCGAGAGGUUCUUUCCGGAAUGAAAAUAUAAACAAAUUUCAAAGUAAAACCUGCGAAGUUUUCCAUUCAAAGGAAAUCCGCCAUAUUUUUGUAACAAAUGCAGAAAUGAUAUUUUCAGCACCGAAAAGCUUUCUGCAAAAUCGGCUUCUUUUCCAUGUAGCUCACAAGUUGAACGAUGAGAAACGACUCAUGACGCACCACCAACAGCUCGGAGUUUCUUCGAAAUAUCUGACUCUCAAAGAAAUUGGAUAUUUGCAGGAUUCACUAGAGGAUCAAUUGUCCUUGGCGUCGAUUCAUUUCAUGAGGAUGCACUACAACGAGGCCGUCAGUACCUACAAAAACAUCUUGACAACUUCUCCGUAAGAUUAUAAUCACAAGUUUAUCUGCUUUCAGGGAAACUAGUUUGACCGUAAAUCUGAAACAGUUUUCAUUCAAUUUUUUCUCUCCGUUUAAAGGUUAUAAGUAGACGUGAAGAAGGGUGUAAAAAGAUCAGGAAAACCUAAAUUGGAAAAGUCUUUUCAGCUCGUUGAUAGCUUUGAACUUUUACAUGGCAAUGUGUUACUACAAAAUGGAUUACUACGAAGUAGCUCAGGUUCUGGAAUUCAUGAUUUUUUUUUUUGAAAAUUUCUUCACGUAAUUUACAGGAUGUUUUGGCUGUUUUUCUAAAAGUAUUUCCGGAUAGUCCAGCGGCCUUGAAUCUUAAGGCAUGCAUAACCUAUAAGGCUUAUACUGGCAAGUCGGUAGUGGUGAGUUUUAUAUAUUUAUAUAUUUUUUUAAUCCUUUGGAGAUGGUUUGAAUGAAUGAAAAAAACUGUUUCAGACAGAAACGGAGCAACUUCUGCGGACGAACUUAUAUCCGGCGGCAAGAGAUUUGAUCCGCCACAACUUAGUCGUGUUCAAAAAUGGCGACGGCGCCUUGCAGGUGCAAAAAUCAAUAGAAAUUAUUCAUCUUUUUGCCUCAGGUGCUGCCUUCUUUGAUGGACACUUUCCCAGAAGCACGACUCAACAUGAUUUUGUACUAUCUGAAGAAAGGUUCGCUCCUUUUUGUGCUUUUUCAUUCGAAAGUUUGAAUUAUACAGGUCUCAUCCAGGAGGCCAUGAGCCUUUGCAACGAUCUCGAACCGCAGCUUCCUUACGAAUUUCUCAUCAAAGCUACAACUUUUACUUUUUGGGGAUUACAAAAAGAUUCGGUCACUUUUAGGCUCUCGCAAAUAACUUGAACUCAAUUGCAGAAGGAUCACUUGAGGACGGCUGAGCAGUUUUUCCAGAUGGUUGGAGAGUCUUCGGCGGAGUGUGGUAUUUUUGGCAGUUCUGAGCAUUCAAAUUCACCUUUCAGACACGAUACCUGGCAGACAGAGCAUGGCUUCGACUUAUUUUCUUCAGCAAAAGUUCGAUGAAGUUCUUCUGUACAUGAAUUCUAUAAAAGUAGGUCACAAACUAACUUUUAAUGGACUGCUCAUUCAAAUUUUCUUUCUUUUUGAGGGCGUACAAUCUCAAGAAAAAACUCCGAGUUGGGAAAAGUAUCUUUAGACAGAAAUAACGGACAGUUUUAUUUAUGUGGAAACUGAGCUAAUCAAUUAUUUUUAAAUGCCAGCUGUUAUUUUUUUUCAAUUAAAAAUUGGAAAAAAAUAACAGCUGGCAUUCAAAAAAAGUAAUUAUUUUCUUAUAAAAUGUUUCUCAGGAGUAUCACCAACAAGACGACUUGUUCUCUUUGAACUUCGCCCAGGCGCUGCUCAUGGCCAAACAGUACAAAGAGGCCGAAGAGGAAUUUUUGAAGGUGACAGGUCCCGAGCGCGACAAACCGCUUUACAAACUCAUGCUGGCCCGAUCACGCAAGUCUUUUUUUCUUUUCCAUAGCUCAAUCAUUGCUUCCAGUGAUUUUCAACAAAAAGCCUCAUUUCGCUUGGGAUUUGUUCGUGAAGACUUCCGACCAGAAAGACGCGUUGGGGUUGAUGAGAGUGAUAGCUCACGAUUGCUACAAGGUUUUCUAAAUUAUGAUAAGAAAAUUCUUGUGAAAAGGUUCAAAAAAGUUUUACUUUAUUGAAUGUUUGUUUAAAAAAUAAACGAUUUCUGCAGUUCGAGCGCAAUUUUCUCUUCGAAAUAUCCGAAGAUCACGCCUUUUUCUGUCUUUUGGCUUACUCUUCAUCCCAUUAUCACCUACCAAAGAGUCCUGUGGAAACGUAGAAAAAUGCUUUGCAGGUUGGUGAGUAUUAUUACGCUGCCAAGGCCUACGAUCAACUUGAGAAAGCAGACCCAUCGCCGGAAAACUGGCAGGUUUCCUUCAGAGAAACUUCUUAGAUUUCUAAAACUUCCAAAUUUGAGGGAAAACGCGGCGCCACAGCCGGCUUGUUCCACCAUCUGGCUCGAGGCAAAUGCACCCCGUGUGUUCAAAACUUUGAUGUUGAUUGAAAUUCAAAAUUUCAGCGAACAGAUGCAUGAGGUGCUGUUGUUAGUGGAAACAAGUCACCAUCCUCACGCGGAAUUUCUGGCAAGCGUCAUUCGAAAAUGGGCAAAGAAUCACAAUAUCAAGCUAGAAUAA